AUGAGAUCGAUUGAGACUAGGCGUCUGGCGGCCUUCCUGGCUCUACCAUUCCUCUGCAACGGCUUCACUGUCACGGUGGACCGAGAUACUACUGGCAAGAGCAUAGCCCAGGCCAUUUUCAAUGGUCCCGGAUUGACAUUGGUGAACUGGGACUUGCGCGCCCCAGCGGACUCCCUGGGGGCCUUUACCGAUGGUCCCUUUGGUAUCGGAAAUGGUGGUAUUCUAACUACAGGUCAAGCAUCUGGAGCCAUGCCUGGAGGAGACGGCAAUGUCGAUAACGGGGGUGACGGGGCGGACAUCUUUUGCGGUCUUGGCAGUACGAAUGCUGCUGUUGUAUAUGCGGGGGUCACUCCUGGUGCUGGGUAUAAUGGGAUUCGCAUUGAGUUCGUCUUUGCUACCAAUGAGCCCGAUGGCGGAAACCCCGACAAUAUCGGUAUCUUUAACUUCGACAAUACCCCUUCCCAAUUUGCAACGUUCAACGUGGUCACCGUACCAGUAGUUCCAGAGUUACAAGCCGACAUAUAUAUCGUAAUAUGUGACAAGGGUAACAGUGGAGAUGACUCUGCCCUCCUGAUCAAGGGCUAUGGUUGCACCGACUGCGAGUCGACCCCCAACGGAGCAGAGAUCAACUAUGUCAAGCAGACUACGACGCUUGAAAGAGGAGAGCAACCCUACACACAGACUAUCUCAGCCUCGGGCACAGCAUCAGGCACAUUCAUCUACUUUGUUGCCCCUGAGGAAACAACAACUACAAUGGCUGCAGAGACAACCACAGCAGACACAACUACUACUACAGCUAUGGCUGAAGACACCACUACUACCAGUGCCGCUGCUGAUGUGCCUACAGAUACAACUAGCAGUGAUGGAUCAACAACUAUAAACGACGAAACGAGUUUUGGAAGUACAACUGCCAUGGUCACUGACCCCACAACCUCAACUGCAUCUGGCACUACUGCUGAGUUCACCACGACCGAUGAGCCAACAAGCACUAUCGAGAGCGCCAGUGAGCAAACUACAACUAAGCGCUCUCCUUGUCGACCCAGAAGACAUCUCCACUAG